AUGGUGCGCACCUUCGGUCGGGAGCUCUCCUCGGCGGCCACCGAGCAGACCUGCCUGGGUCGAAUUGAGGAGAACUUUCAAGCGUACAGUGGCGAGGUGAGCUACUUUGACGGCAAUAAGAUGAUGGACGACAUGCGCCAGGACGUGAUCAACAUGCUCAACUGGAAACGGCAUGCAGUGGACCGCAUUGCCAAUGAGAGCGAGCGCAUCAGCUCUAAUCACACCUUUGAUAAGAACCUAGACAACUUUCCCUUCCUCAAUGUCAACCAGCCGCCCAUUGACAGUGAAGAUGAUGGAGGUGGUGGAGGUGGAGGUGGUGGUGAUGGCGAUGAUAAGAAGGAUGAACCGAUUGGCAUUAAACCCGAGGGCCUGCGACCGAGCACCGCCGCCGCCAACUUUGACGGCUACGAGGUGGAUCUGGAGUCCUCGGCGGUGCACAUUCCCGUCAACGUUUUCCACAAGGCGGUCGAGGUGAUCAAUGACAUCAAGUGGUCGGACGCGCUGACGCCCUUCUUCAAGAACAACCUCGCCUUUGACCCCAGCCUCAGUUGGCAGUUCUUCGGCAGCGCCAAGGGCUUUCUCCGCCUCUACCCUGCCUUUCAGUGGCGAGAGCCGCCCAACCUGAAGGUAGGCGCGGAGGCGGUCGGAGAGGACGGAAGCCUGCAGCCGCCGCCCUCGGUCGAUUUCUACGACUGCCGCAUGCGCAGCUGGUACAUCCAGGGGGCGGCCAGCCCGAAGGACAUCGUCCUCCUGCUGGACACCAGCGGCAGCAUGCUCGGCAGACGGCGGAUUCUCGCCUCGGACGUCGUUUCGAAGAUUCUGGACACGCUGACGGAGGACGACUACGUGGCCGCCUACCAGUUCAACAAGAACGUGACGCCCAUCUGCGGCUGCCUCGAUCGGCUAGUGCGGGCCACCAAGCGGAACGUGCUGACGAUCAAGGGCGCCCUGCCGGGGCUGAAGUCGGAGAAUCCGGUCAACUUCACUGGCGCCCUCCUGGAGGCCUUCAGCACGCUGCAGGCGGUGAAUAAGAGUGGGCGUGGGUCGCAGUGCAACCAGGCCAUAAUGAUCGUCACCGACGGCGCACCGAGCACCUACGAGGAGAUCUUCCGGCAGUUCAACUACCCGAACAUUCCCGUGCGAGUGUUCACCUACCAGGUGGGCAAGGACGUGACGAUGAACGGGGAGAUGUACUGGAUGGCCUGCGAGAAUCGGGGCUACUUCACGCAUGUCGCCAAUCGGGCGGAGGUUCAUGAGCAGGUGCAGAAGUACAUUCCCGUGCUCAGUCGGCCGGUGGUGCUCAGCGGACAGCGGAUCUUCAGCUGGACGCCCGUCUACGCACCCAACUCAAAGAUGGAGUUGACUGACUGGAACUGGGAUAAUAAGCAAAAAAGCGAGUUUGUGGCAAAUCUACGCGCUAAUGGCGCUCUGGGCCUGGUGUCCGGUGACCAGUCCUCUGUAUCGCUGGCUGAAGAAACCGCUCCUGAAUCUUCUGCAACCGCAGAAUCUUCCGAUCUGCUCGAAUCAAGACACAGUACACAAAAGCACAACAUCACCCGACGCGUCCUUAUCAAGAACGUCUAUCAGGACAAAGACCCGGAGCAAAUUCACAUUGCCAAUUUGCUGGGAGUUGCCGGCAUUGACGUUCCUAUUAAGGAAAUCAUCAAACUGACGCCGCCUUUUAAGCUCGGGGUAAACGGCUACGUUUUCAUUAUUUCCAACAACGGUUACAUCCUCUACCACCCUGAUCUGCGACCUUGUUUCGAAGACUUCCUGAAGCCCUUCUACGCCUCGGUGGACCUUGGCGAAGUGGAGCUGGCCAACAACACCAACGGUCCUCGAGACUGGUCCGGCAGCGAGAUCGAGGUGAUUCGCAACAACAUGAUCGAGAGGACGCACGGCUGGAAAAAGGUCGCCGUAAAGAUGCACAUCGACGAGAUGCGCCGGGUGGUGACCAGGGUCAAUCACUACACUCACGGCUGGAUCAGCAACACGCCCUUCUCGCUGGCCAUUGCCCUGCCGGAGCCCUACGGCAGCUACCGCCUCACCUCGGCCGUCGACCUGAAGAUGAAGUUCCGCUCGGAGAACUUCACCGCCUACUUCCGCGGUGACAAGGACCUGGUGCAGAAGUUGGUUCUGGACGCCAAGUUGACGGACAUUCCUAGCACCAAGUGCAAUACCAGUCCGAACCUGAGAGAGUAA